GUGAAGUGAGAGAGAGGGACAGGUAGCACAGGCGAAACAAACACGGGCGAAAUAGAGAGAGUAGGAAUGGUUCAUCCCGAAGGAGCUUCGCGUGCACGAAGACGAAAAUCGACCUCUUUCUACCAUCGCACCAAGAGAAGAAAGUUCAGUGAAUUUUUAAUACAGUUUAAUGAAAUUAAGUGAAUUAAGAAAACUGAUGUUUCAACUUUAAAUUCGCGAAAGAAAGAGCUUUGUUGCUGGACGCAACAAUUUAAAAAUUCACUACUUACGUUUCACGAGUCCUGGUAAGAUGCGAACCCGCAGCGCCUUAGCGAAACCGCAAUAUCAGUGACGUGAAGCAAGAAGGAAACCUCACGGCUUGGAAAAUGGAGGAUAAGCAGUGUGGUGUGUGCAAUGGUGCAAGUACGGAAAAUGCAGUGGAGUGCGAUCGAUGCGAAGGAAUGUUUCAUCUUGCGUGCGUGAACGAAGAUGAAACCGUGUACAGUAGGGAUUGGACAUGCCAUCUGUGCACUCCUGAAACACCGCCCCCCACUUCAUCUACCCUUCAUCGUGCGACGCCCGUAGUAGCGACCCAACCAGCCCCGGUAGCAGUGGAUACGAACAUAGUGAAUCUGGAACCAUCCACCAGAGCAAGAUCGACGGAAGUGAUCACGCCCGUAUCGAAUCCUCCGAAUGAUCCAUCAAAAGCAAGACCCACUCAAACUGCUGACUCUCCAUUGGACAAUCUUAGCAGAACCUUCCAACGUUUCUUGGAAGAAGCACGCGAGCCACGCAGGCAAGAGCCUGACGUGAUACAACGGCUCGAAUCCGUGCUAAACACCUUUGUUCAACGGAUGAAUCAAGAACAAAAUCCGCAAGGAUCACGCCGGGACAAUCUCGGAUCUACGGCGUUUUGUUCGAGUGAUACAACCUUGAACAUUAAUCAGAGUCAGAUACUAGCUAGACAUUCCGUCAACGCCCAGCUACCGACGUUCGCCGGUAACCCAGAGGAGUGGUCCGUGUUCGAAAACGCGUUUUAUGAGACGACGGAACUAUGUGGUUUCUCUGACGGAGAAAAUAUUAUAAGGCUGCAACAAGCAUUAAAAGGAGAAGCGUUUAAAACAGUCCAGGGGAGACUCAGGAAAGCAGCUAACCUCAAAGAAGUCAUGCAAGAGCUCAAAUCAUCGUUCGGACGUCCAGAAGUAGUUGUGAAAACGUUGUUGAGCCAGAUUCGACGACAGGUACCCCCGAGAGCAGAAAAGUUGGAGACGCUUGUGCAGUUCGCCGUAUCCGUGGACGAAAUGUGUGCUGCUGUGAGAAACAACGGGGUCGAGGAGCGUUAUGAUGGACCCGUGUUGGAUGAGCUCGUUGGUCGUCUCCCUCCGAUGAUUAAGCUGAUGUGGGGCAUACACAGUCUUACGUUGUCAAAGGUCAACCUGGCUGCAUUCGGAAAGUGGAUGCAAACCAUUAAGCAUGCAGCCCAAGCGGUAACGAGCCCUGCAAAUCUUAUCGAACCACGAUGCAGUAAGUAUUUGCACAUGCAUACUACUAAUCCCUCCUCGCAGAACUCCACAGAAGCCGUUUGUGCAUGCGAUAACGGCUGCGUUCGCUUAUACGAAUGUGACGGAUACUGGCAGAAAAGUGUAGCAGAUCGCUGGGACAUCAUUAAGCGGAACUACUUGUGUAAAUGUUGUUUGAAAAAACAUCGUGCGCCCUGUAAAGAGACGAGAGUAUGCGGCAAAGACGGAUGUACUGUAAAACACCACCCGUCACUACACAAUUCGGCAGGUAAGGGAAGACACGAAGCAAAUUUCUCUCACUCUACAGCCACCGACGAGAACAUACUAUUGCGAUACGUGCCAGUUGAGCUGCAGGCUGUAGGAAAGACGAUCAGAACAGUUGCUUUUCUCGACGAAGGAGCGUCAGUAUCGCUAAUCGAACAUUCGCUAGUUGACGAGCUGGAACUUGAAGGGACAAACCGACCUCUUUGUUUGAAAUGGACUGGAGGACAACAUCGCACUGAACGAGAUUCAAAACAGUUCUCUUUAUAGACGUAGUGCAUACAUGGACGACGACGGUAUCUUACGAGUACGAGGAAGAAUCGAUGCUUGUCGUUACGCAAGCCAUGACAUGAAGAGGCCAAUUAUUCUUCCCAAAAAAUCCUGGCUCACCGAUCUGAUUGUAACGGAGUACCACUGGAAAUAUAAACAUCAAAAUCAUCAAACCGUAAUGAAUGAAGUGCAGCAAAAGUUCGAUAUUCCUGGCCUACGAAGCGCGUGCCACAGAGUGCGAAACAAUUGCUUUAGAUGUAGCCUUCGUAAAGCUUACCCUAAACCUCCAGUGAUGAAUGAGUUGCCGUUAGCUCGAGUGUCGCCGUACGCCAGACCGUUCUCCUACACAGGGAUAGAUUACUUCGGACCUUUUUUGGUCGCUGUUGGACGGAGACAGGAAAAGCGCUGGGGUGUGCUGUUCACGUGUCUAACAAUACGGGCCAUACACAUAGAGGUGGCUCACAGCUUGAACACCAGCGCUUGCAUCAUCGCUAUUCGCAAUUUUAUCGCACGUAGAGGGACUCCGAUUGAAAUCAGAACUGAUCGUGGGACUAAUUUCGUUGGCGCUGAUCGUGAGUUGAAAGAUGCGGCGAAGCAGAUAAACACCGAGGAGCUGAUAGAUGAAAUGUACCUCCCCGAUACGACGUGGAUAUUCAACCCCCCCGGAGCACCACAUUUCGGUGGUGCAUGGGAGAGAUUAAUCCAAUCAGUUAAACGCACCCUCUCCGGCAUGCAAUUUACCAAAACACCGACAGAUACCGUUUUCGCCAAUUGGUUUAUUGAAGUAGAAAACAUUAUCAACUCUCGCCCACUAACACAUGUAUCGGUUGAUAGUGAGGAAGAAGCCGUGUUAACGCCAAACCAUUUUCUCUUGGGUUCAUCUUCUGGAAUAAAACCAUUAACAUCUCUUGAUGAUUCUUCCGCAGCCCUCAGGAACAACUGGAAGACGUCACAACUGUACGCAGAUCAAUUUUGGAAAAAAUGGUUAGCUUCUUAUCUGCCUACGCUCACCCGUCGCAGCAAAUGGUUUGAGACCCAGCCGCCAUUGCAAUUAGGAGACCUCGUGCUGAUUGUCGAUGACGCCCUACCAAGAGGAUGCUGGCCUAAGGGAAAAAUCGUACAGCUCGUACCUUCGAAGGACGGAACAAAUCGGCGUGUGCACGUACAGCUUGCGAACAAAAAGAUUAUAGAGAGACCGGUAGUAAAAAUCGCUGUAAUAAACGUAGAACCGCACGAAAGAGUUUAACGCAGUCAAACACCGGGGCCAGUGUUGUUUACCAACAGCGGUUCUAGUUUGACAGAUGCGUUGUGGUGAAGUGAGAGAGAGGGACAGGUAGCACAGGCGAAACAAACACGGGCGAAAUAGAGAGAGUAGGAAUGGUUCAUCCCGAAGGAGCUUCGCGUGCACGAAAACGAAAAUCGACCUCUUUCUACCAUCGCGCC